CUUGAAUAGAAGAAGUAGACAGUAGUAGAAGAUUAUAAGCAUAUUCCUCUUGUUGUUCUAGUUCAUCAAAGCAGUGAUGAUCACUCAAAGAAGCGUGUACGCGUUUGUCUCAUUUAGCAGUUUACCAGGACACAAAUUUGAAUUUUUAAUCGAUCUCCAUUGUCCGACGACGAGGAUCUGAAUGACCUGCUAAAUCGUGCCUUCUUGAGGCAGUACGCUUUCACGGGAACGACUACGCACACCUAGGGAAAAAGAUGGUUCCACCACAUCAGGUUGUGGGUGACACCACGAGUGAAAGCGAGCCUGAACCUUGCGCCGCUGAGAUUUACCUUGGGGUAGCAGGCGAAAGCAAGGGAUCUACGACAGCCUCAGGCUCGGAGGUAGACCUUGUUGCCGGUGGACGUAAUUUAAGACUAGGAACUUCGAUUGACUCUGUUGCUGGUGGACGUAAUUUAAGACUAGGAACUUCGAUUGACUCUGUUGCUGGUGGACGUAGUGUAAGGCUAUCCAUAGGUAGUUGUGCUGGUUCAAUCAUGUUUUUGCAGUGCAUUGAUCAUUGAGGAAAAGUAGGAGCAGUUUACUUCCUUGGAUACUUAUUUCCAAGAAAUGUGUGGGCAAAGGAUGAGUUGUGGUUAUAAUAGAGAGGUCUAAUCCGUGAUGGUGGCGGUAAAAAUGCACAUGUAGCACUCAGCGGAGGAGGUCAAGGUGGUGGUGACGAAGCGCAGGAUGGUGGCACGUCAGAUAAUCUUAUGAUCAGCUGCACUGCCAUGAGAAACAGAAAUAAAUAUUUCUACCUAAGUAAUACGGUAAUAAUACGAAUACGUCCCUUUUCCUGUCAUUUACAAUAAUAAAUGCUCCCUUUCAACAUACAUCCUACUUUCAUACAUCCAGCCGAUUCCUCCGAUGCGGCAGAGAUCUCGGAAGGCGCAGUGUCGGACGUGCCCAUAGAUCAUAGUUCACCUACAAAACCAAUGCGUCGGGAAGAGAUGAUCCAUCACUCUUAUGAAGAAGAUUCUUUCACUUUACUUUCACAACCUUGUCCUGUACUAUCUUCCAAAAAAACUUCUACCCUGUAUACGUUUACGUAACACUACUAGUACUAACAAUGGGUACACUACUACCACAGCUAACACCUCCUUCAGAGUACUUAUGUAGGUGGAACAGCUUAUUUCCUUUUUAUCUCAAUCAUUGCUUUCUGUUCCAACGUCGAUAACGCGUUUUUUGAUUCUCCUUCACCCCUCCUUGAGUCUCUAACCCAGUCUCUACCCAGAGUCGAACUUGCCAUGCAAGACCGGGAUUUUGAUACCGAUGAUGCUGCAAGAGAGGAGGGAUAGGCUUUUACACAACUACGUACCGGAGUUUCUUGAGUACACUCACGAAGCACAACACCAGCAAAUAGGUGCAUCGAGGACUGGAGAUGUUCUGCAUGUGGAAAAGCUACGCGGCAGUGGAGAUGCUCCUGACCAGCAGGGUCAGGACUCUGCUGGAGUGGUAAAGUCAGAGGCAAGCUUGUUUCACUUAUGAGUAAAAGGAACAACGUCGCUUCAAGAUUACAAUUUCACAACUUGGUCUUGGUCCACCCCAUGUCAAAUUUCCUUUUUCAUGAAGCCAGUAUCAGACAAACGUGAUGGAGGAGGUCGUGAAGCAUGAGAACGAAAGACUGGCGUUUCCCGACAAAGCGAUGAAUCGAGUGGUCUAUGAUGCGGUGGAUGCAAGCCCUUUUUACAAGAAAGAGAAAUUAUGUUGAACUACCACUUCGACUUCGUGCAGCAGUAUGCACCGCAUGUAUGGUCUAAACUGAAGGAACAACUACCACUUCGUGCAGCAGUAUGCAUUGAAUCCCAACAUCACUUCUAACAGUUGCGGGUAAAAUCAAGAGUGCAGAACAACCAGACACGAGUGUUCCUGGAUCCAGGAGCGCGACCACUGGCGCAGCAGCAGUUGGUAGUAUAACAACUGAACGAAUUAUGAAAGGAAAAAGUGCACUCACACUCAAGAACUUGGCUAGGAUUCAAGUGGGAAAGUAGCUCCUUUCUUGAGUGUGAGCGCGCUUUUUCUUUUCAUAUGAAUAGCAGGCGAAAGCGACAAGGAAGACGCCAGCACAGGAAACAAGCCUCCAGGAGAGCCUUCAGCUGGUUAUGUCCAGUAAACCUACUUGAUGCUAGAACUAAUUUUCUUCCCGUUCUUCCCCCUGGUGCCAGGGCAACACUCAAGCAAGUUUCUCACUUUCGUCUCAUUCUAUCUUACACUUAGCGAACUAGUUUUCUAUCUUACGCUUAGCGUGUUGUAGUUGUUGUAUAAUCUACAACUGAAUCUACAGGCGUUGUUGACGAUAUGUGAAUCCAGGAGCGGCAGCGCUCACUCUAAUACUUCCAUGAGCAAACGCAAGACGCCGGCACUGCAGUGCCAUCUGUACACCCGAUUCGACAAACCCCUGGUCCACAUCCGUCAUCAUCUUCAGGAGUUACGAUCCUCAUGCUCAUAUAUGAUAAAGGUAAAAAACGUAAACUAAAGGAGACCUGUGAGUCUACUCACAACUCAUGCUCACACCCACGCAUGCUCACAUCGACGCAUGCUCACAUCAGCUCUUACUCUCAUCCACGCAUGCUCACAUCAGCUCUUCAUCACAACAUCACCCAGGUUAUGUGAUACAAACCUGCAUUCAACGGAGAAGAAGUCAUACUGAUACUUCAAACUCGCUAUCUAAUCUUCCAGGAAGACGAGUUGGCUGUGUAACGCAUGAGCUUGAUCCGUUCUAUCGGUUAACGUCGGACACCGACUCCACCCUCGUUUUUGAAAGUACUACGAGCUUUCGUUUCGCAGUAUAUAGCCUGCUCUGAUAUUUCAUAUUUCUUAGAAAAUAGUUAGAUACAGUUAGACUGCUGGAGGUAGACAUAGAGAUAGCCCCGUACUAGUAGAACACCUUGGAGUCGUCCUGCUACAGCCUUAAAACUCUAUUAUUCAGAGAAUUAUUUCGUAUUCUAGCACUUAUAUAUAACGACAGCAUAGUGCAUGUGCAGCUAUUGCUACUUUAUCUCAACAUAUUUCUAUUCGUAUUCCUUUCGCGUUCCACUUCCACGAUCCACAAGUACUACUUCUACAACUUCCUCAUCCAACGGAAUCCCAAACAAGGAAGCCUCUCCUGUUCCACGCAGAUACAUGAACUUGUUAUAUCCACCCGCCGUCUCACUAGGUCGUUUCGAAGGUGGUAAUUUGCGUCGGGUUGUACAAGUGUCAGAAACGGAGUACGAUUUGGUGUUGAAUCCAGACUAUAACACCAUGUCACACGCGCAGUGGUUUUAUUUCCGAGUUACCAAUACACGGAAAGACGUGGAUUAUCGCUUAAACCUCAUCAACAUGGUGAAACCAACGUCAUUGUACAACUUAUGAAGCCACCGUCAAGGAACAUUUUCGAAAUAAUCCCGAAUGUAUCGUAUUUCUUUUUCCUACUACGGCCGUCGUGAACGAUGGUAAGAGGGACAACAGCAUGCAUUCUCCUUUCAAUCUCAAGAUGGCGCCAGCUCUAGGUUUCGUAUUGUCUUUUUGGCUCUUCAGUAGCCAAUGAAGCUUGCUAGUUUUUCUGGCGGGCCCCCACCUAACCUAACGUAACCAAGAAACUCUCUUCUUCAUACACCGAAGGGAUGUGUCCUCUGGUGUACUCUGUGCGCGAUGCUGAAGAACGGGGCGUGGGUUGGAUAAGAGGAGGUCGCGACUGUGCCUACUAUCAAAAUGGAAUCGCAAAAAGGCGUGGCGUAUACUACACCCUGACGUUCCGAAUACAGUUUAACCACGAAAAAGACACCGUUUACAUCGCACAGUGCUACCCCUACAGCUACUCCGACCUACAAUGGGAUUUACAGUUAUGACUGGAGUUGUUACAAUAUGCAAGGAGAUUAUUUUUCUUAAACUCAAUGGGUGAACAAGAUCUGGCUUUAUUUCUUCGUGACUGCUCCAGCUCCACCAACUGCUAUUUUUUCGACUGCGAUUUUUUCGUUCAACCGCAAGUGUGUGGACAACUAGAGCAGGUUCGUCAACUACUUUUAUUUGUACAAGAACUGCAGCCCGAUGAAAGAAAUUCUUCUAUACUACAUCGGGCUGCAGUUCUUGUACAAAUAAACUCUCUCCAUAGUAGGAAGUGAUUUUCUUCCACGGGGAGUGGGAAACUCUUCACCAGUCGUGGGAAAGUGAUUUUCUUCCCACUUCCCACUUCCCCAGUCGUACGAGAAUGUGGGAAACGCUCUCCAUAGUACGACUCACUUCCCACUUCUAAUCCAUGAGAUCGAGGAAGCAAGUCGAGAAAGAAACUGUUUCCGACGGCGAAAGCUUUGCGAAACUCUAGCAGCUAACGCCUGUGACCUCGUGACAAUAACGAAUUUCAACAUAGACUCUAGCUCGGAUUUGCGGAACCGAUUUGGGGUUGUCAUCACCGCUAGAGUGCAUCCCGGAGAAACGAGCGCUAGUUGGGUACUUAUACUUUCAAAGAUAUGUUGUAGUUAGUUGGGUGCUUAAACUUAUACUAUCAAAGAUAUGUUGUAGUUUGAUUGAGGGACGAUAUUAAUGAAAAAACCAUGUGUUUGAACAACAGAUCCAACUUUGGUACACUUGCUGCUCUCUCCUUUCACACAGGUAAUGCUAGGGAUAUUAAAAUUUCUCACUGGACCAAGCGAGGAAGCCAGCAAAUUGAGGGAGAAGUUCGUGUUCAAACUGAUACCGAUGCUGAACCCGGAUGGCGUCAUUGUAGGCAACUACCGUUGCUCCUUGGCUGGGCUGGACUUGAUUAUGAGUUGUUGUGGUCGAGGAGAAAGAGAAGUGUAAGCUGGUCGUGGUGCUGGUUUUCGUGUCACCAAAGCACGCUGGAUUAUAACUAUAGACUUGUAAACUAGAGGGGGCACUCGUGGUCCGCGCCUGUUGCUCUUAAUGAAUGGUUCUGGUAUUUGGUAAUCUGAAUUUGAUCCUAAGGGAAAACAAACCAUACACUUAAGGUAAUUGAUUUCCAAUGUUGGUCUUCCUUGAUCUCGUCACCUGGAUCAUGGUCUCAAUAUAAGUACUAUCUGUCUACACGCCUUCAAUACAUAGUUUUCAGAAGUUGGCACCUGAUGUGCACCUUAAAGAUUUCUAUAAUAAUCAUCAUCUAGUGCUUUGUCUAAUGAAAACCGGAGAUGGCAGGAGCCUUCCCGGAAAUUGAGUCCCACAAUUUUUUUCACGAAAAACCUCAUCAAACGGUUGCUGGAAGAUAGGGAUAUUGCUCUAUUCCUCGACAUUCAUGGCCAUUCGCGAAAAAAGAACAUUUUCAUGUAUGUUAAGGCUGGGUUGUCUUGUUCAUCGGGAUCAUCAUCUAACGAGAAGACGAACGUAGGUUGUAGACAGGAUGAAUGUAAUUAAGUGCUUCGGUUGUAGAUGUAGAUAAAGAGUGAGAGACGACUCUAUAACUGGUACUGUAUGUUCCUGUAGUUCCUUUUGUUAGAUCUUCCAGGAGCCUAUCGAAGCAGUAGCUCGUUCCCCUCCUGAAUCGGAGCCACAUUCUAAUCAUCGAAACAUGCCUAAAGAACAAGAAUUCGGAGUAGAGCGGUUAUUUCCGAAGUUGUUGUCCCAGAGGAGUGACUAUUUCUCUUUCGACGACUGCAACUUCAAACGCGUGAAGGAGAGUACCGCUCGAUGUGUGGUGUACAAAGAGUUCGGCAUCGCAAACAGCUUUACGCUGGAAGCCUCUUUCUGCGGAGCGAAUAUCGGAAAGCUGAAAAACGCACACUUCAAUACGAAACAUUUGGAAUUAUGGCUUUUUACAAGAGAUUGCUACCGCUGUACUUCUAGUCCUUGAAGCGGAGUCUAUCACUCUAAAAAUAAGGUUUGAAGAUCACUCUAAUAGUAAUAAGGUUUUUCACGAACAACAAGCAUUGGUUCAACAUUUGAUAGACUACUUAAUAGAGGUUCUAAUCUUCGACAUUGGUCGAGAUCUUUGCGUCACGCUGCUGGACUACGAGAAUCAGAGUAAAUUGACGCUCUUGGCCAAAGAGCUCGCGCAGUCUGGAAACACAGUGAACUGCUUAAGGCUUGUUCUUGCAUGUCGUUUUCAAUGAAUCAUAUUCAGGUCUUCACCCAAUCAUCCUCGGAGUUGAGCCAGGUGCCGGGGGGCUCGAUGUGCAGGCUUCAAAACCUAACCUAACCACUAUCAAGAGCAUGGACUAUUAUUCCAUAGGAACACCUCACGGACUUCUAUAUUUGCUUCCACAUGGGGUCUAGAUGAAGGAAUUCACCACAAGCUCUAAAGUCUGAUAGCGAUGACAAUUCCGAUGAAGGACCUGUCCUAUCGGAGACGGAGAUGAACGCAUCGCCACCAUUGUUCCUUGGGAGGACAAGUGGACAUACUGGAACUACACCUGCGGGAAAAAUUGGUAUGAGAUACAUCAGAUACUGAUGAAGAGGAUACAGGUAGCGUAUCAGAUAGGUGAUACUGAUCAUCAUGAUACAGUUACAGGUGGCGUAUCAUAGAUAAGGGUGGACGCACAUAAAGAUCUUCUCUACAACUGAGUGGCGUAGUACCUGUAAAGUUUUUUAGACACGUGGUAGUAUAAUGAGGCGUAGAGACGCUGACACAGCAUACAUUGUAGUUUGAGUUACUCGAGAGCCGAACAGAUACCAGACAUAGGUGAAAAAGACAUGCCUCUCAUCGCUUUUGCCCUUACCGUUACCAAAAAAUGGCUUUCCUCUAGAAGAAACUUUUAAAACGAGUACUUCUUCUUCUAUAUUGACACAUAGAUUUACACCUAUAUUGACACAUCUUUCUUUUUGCUGAUUGCUCUAACUCUCGCAACGGCACUAGCCACCUUGCAACGGCCGCAGAGGAGGGAGCUGCUGUAAUAAGACACACGCCAGUAAAGAAAAAGAAAUCCUCUGCAGGAGCAGACGGCUCUACGCGAAGGAGUGCGCAUAAAGGAUCAACCGGUAAAAAAGACAAGCACUUUAUUACGAAACAAGGGUGAUCGACAUCUUUUCUUGUUCAGGUUGAUCGACACCUCUACUAGGGCAGGUUGAUCGACACCUUUUCUAUUCCAGGAUAUGAUUGACACCUCUACAAGAUCAGCAGGCAUCACUCCACCACUUGCAGAAGAGAGAUGAAUCACUUCACUUGAUAAGAUGUGAAUAGGAAUACAAGAACGGCCAAUGCCUCAGACUUGACUCCUUGUAGAUGCAGUGGAGCGCAUCUUCAUCUUGGACUUUGCUUACCCGAUUUGUUCUCACUUUGUUCAUGUUCUGUGUAUUCAACAGCAGGUCAUCGCCAUAGCUAGAGAAAGACAUAAAAUAUUUUACCACGACUAUGCUGAUCAAAAUCACUCAUAGAUGUCAUGACUAAAAGAAUACAGGUUAGCUGCACAUGCACUUACUCAGAAAGUAUUGAGAAUAAAGCUAUGGAACAUGAUCAUGAAGAUCUUAAAACUGUUAUGAACAACCAGAUAGUGACACCUUCGACCAUGAUAAGUAGUAUUCAGUUCCUAACGUCGCCUAAAUUGUUUUGAUUUUUUCUUAUAAUUGGUAGUAAAUUUAUCCGCUUCAGCUUCUUUUGUGGUCUUCUGAAGAUAUUCACAGUUUUUAUUCCCACUCUUACAACAUACACAUAGAACAAGGUUGUACCAAUCUUCUACAUUUCAGUUCCGAGUUUCCGUUUCGCUGUGAAGCACGACACUUCCAAGGCAGUGCGCAAAGAAAAUUUUGCAACCAAAGGAUCAAUUAUGUUGUGACCUCGACUGCCACCUCUAACUAUAUCUACUCCCAAUGUCAUCUGUUAAUGUCUCUGAAAAAUGUCAAUUAUUUUUCCUCGCAAAUGCUUUGUUGACCAGUACUAUUUACUUCAAUCAUCUUCUAGCUGAUAAAAUCGCCUGACUAACUACACAUGUCUCUGGAGGUAACUUACCUGUGUUAAGAAAAAACGUUAACCCUGUGGUAAGAAAAAACGACACGUCAUUCUCAUCGUCGUCCUACAAAUUCUAUGAUAAUAUGCGGAAUGAAAAUGAAUAAUGUCAGAGAACUAUGAGGAAAGAAUAAGAAAUAGAAAAGAAGCUUCUCGGGUUGUCAGUGUCGGUGUUGCC